AUGGAGAAGCUCUUUCGGGUUUAUGUCUACGAGGAAGGGGAACCUCCGUUGUUUCACGACGGUCCCUGCAAGAGCAUAUAUUCCAUGGAGGGGCGGUUUAUUUACGCCAUGGAGUCGGAAAGCCCCUUCCAUACCAGAGACCCAGAGAAAGCUCACGUCUACUUCCUCCCCUUCAGUGUCACAAAGAUGGUGAAGUUCCUCUACCGGCCAAAAAGCUUUGACAUGAGUCCCAUAAAGCUGACCAUUGUGGACUACGUUGACGUCAUUGCUCGAAAGUACCGGUAUUGGAAUAGGAGCCUCGGAGCUGACCACUUCAUAUUAUCAUGCCAUGACUGGGUAAGUCAACGAGUUUCCUUGAAGGUGUAAUCAACUGGAGCAGGCCCAGAAAUUCACACCGACGGAAGACCGCGCUUCUUAGCCUUAUCGGGAAGCUUCAUUUACAUUGCAGGCGCCGCAAGCUUCCUCGGCAAAGUCGAAUCUUUAUCAGAACUCCAUCCGGGUAUUGUGCAACGCCAACACUUCGGAAGGGUUCAAUCCUUCGAAGGACGUUUCCCUACCGGAGAUUAACCUCAAGACCGGCCUCACCGCCGGAAUCAUUGGCGGGCCGUCGGCUUCACAUCGCCCGACACUCGCCUUCUUCGCCGGGGGCUUGCAUGGGCCAAUCAGGCCCCUACUGCUAGAACACUGGAAGGGGAAGGAUAGGGACAUCCAGGUCUACGAAUACUUACCCCGGGGGAUAUCAUACUACGACAUGAUGAGGAAAGCCAAGUUCUGCAUAUGCCCGAGUGGGUACGAAGUGGCGAGCCCCAGGGUUGUGGAGGCGAUCUAUCUGGAGUGCGUGCCCGUUAUAAUCUCCGACGGCUACGUCUUGCCCUUCAGCGACGUCCUGAACUGGAAGUCCUUCUCGAUCCAGGUUGCGAAAAAGGAUAUUCCGAAUCUGAAGGAGAUCUUGCUCGGCGUGUCUCAGAGGCAAUACAUUAGAAUGCAGAGGCGAGUAAGGCUCGUUCAGAGGCAUUUUGUGGUCAACAGCCCCCCAAAGAGGUUUGAUGUCUUCCACAUGAUCCUUCACUCGAUAUGGCUUAGGAGGCUCAACAUCCGGGUCAACCCCAUGGCCGAAGGAACGUAA